AUGGGUCCCAUGUGGGGUGUUCUAAUCUAGGGUGGUGUUCCAUAUUUUCACACACUUCACUUCUCAUUGGGAUGUCCGCACAAACCCCUACUUCCAUCUCUCACAACACACACUCUUUUCAAUUCUCAUCAUGUUUGUUUCGUAACCUUUUCUUUUUCUUUUUCCUUUUUUUUUAUCAUUAAAUUCCAUAUAUAAAUACAAAUACACCCAACACAUUCAACACCACCUUAACCUCCUCAAACAAACCCCUACAAACAAACUUCCACUACCUUAUCAACCAUGGAAGAUCAAAUCCACAACAACAACACUAGAACAAUAAACUCCAAUUCUACCACGUGCUUAAAACUCUUUGGCUUCAGCGUCCACGAAGAAAACGAUCACCAACAACCACUACCACCAUUUGAAGACGGUACCGGAAACACUUCACCGUCUGGCUCCACUGAAUCCGUCAGCGGAGACGGCGGUGCUUCAAGUUUAAACCCUACCUCCGGCGACCGGAAAUACGAGUGUCAGUAUUGCUGUCGAGAAUUCGCAAACUCUCAAGCACUUGGCGGACACCAAAACGCUCACAAAAAAGAGCGCCAACAGCUCAAACGCGCACAGUUACAAGCUUCACGAAACGCCGCCGUUUCGUUUGUUCGGAACCCGAUUAUCUCCGCCUUUGCACCGCCUCCACAUCUGCUUUCUUCGUCUGGACAAGUUAUGAUGCCGACUGUUCCUCCGUCGUGGGUCUACAUGCCGCCACGCACAGCGCCUCCUCCUUUCCAUGUAUCCGUUUCACACGGUUGCGCUUUCCCGUCGGUGAACAACAGUAACAACGGUAUUAGUAACUGUAACGGUGGAGGUGGUAGCAAUUAUAGCUUUAUGACGAGUGCAAGAUCUGCUGGUGCAGGUUUGUUACCGUGUGUUAGCGGAGUAGGGGAUUCUUCUGCUGCAUUGUCAACGAUGGGCUCACAAUUUGGGAAACUUGAUGGGCCAUCUUUGAGUAGGUUCUCACAAGGAGAUGUAGGGCCUAACUUUGAUGAUGGAUUCGGUUUGGAUUUGCAUCUUAGUCUAUCCCCGCCUUAAUUCAGUUCGACUCGACUCUAUUUAUCAGUUACCAGGGUUUUAAAAGACGGUCUGCUAACGCGAAAACGGCUGUGACAAAACGGUUCUGUUAGUUCAGAUCUGUAGAAUUAUCAAUCUCUAGAAUCCAAUUGUGACUGAAAUCAUAUGAUGCAGCCAUAUGCAGAUUCAAGCUCGAUAAGCAUAUAUGGCUGCUAGUAGUAAUUCAGCUUCACUUCUUGUAUAUUUUUUCUUAGACAUUUAUUUCUUUAUUUUUUUCUCCUUCAAAAAAUUGAUUAAUUUCAUUUGGCAAGGAUUGUAUAAUUUAUUUGCCUGAGGACCUACAUGUACAUAAAUUUCUAUUUACUGUAAUAUUUUAGAACAUUGCCUAGCUCUCUUUAGGUGUUUAAAGUUUUUCAUUUUCUCUGAGUUAUUUUUAUGAUAAAACUGGAAUUAUAUAUAAGUAUAUAUAACCAAUUUACAUAUGAUGUAAUAAUAAAUACUAGAUAUCAAAUUCAAUU